UGUACUUUAUUAGAGUAUUGUUAAAAAAAAAAUUCAUGCAUGAAUAAUUCAAUAAUAUUAUAUAUUAUUGGAAACAGAUUCUGUUGAGGGACCAGCUGAAUAAUCUUAUUUUGCUUUUGUACUUAAGGUAGAUUUUGAAUGCAGGACUUAGUAAAUACUUAAGUAUUUGUACAGGGUGUUAUUGCUACUUACACUAUGAGGAUCUGAAUACUUCUUUCACCAAUGCCAAUACACCCUGGGAGUCAUUUUUGAGCCAGUAAACUAAAAUAGGCCUUCAAUGAAAAUAAUUGCAAUGCAUUCGAAAGGAAUCUAGCAUAAUAAAGACAAGCAGUUAUGCAGCUGUAUUUUGUGUCGUUGCAGCCAUUGUUAUAGAUAAAGAAAAAAGUACUUGUAUAAAACAGGAAUCCAAAACAUGUCAUCAGCUCAUUGCUUCAGGUUUGAAUCUGCUGUUGUUUUGAUGAAGACUGUUUGCAGGAGGAGGAGAACGUUUAGAGUGGGAGGCUAAAAAGUCAAAGAUGCAGUCAGAUGCGCAGCUUUUUUUGUGAAUGAAAGGAGAGAAGGGGGUCUGCGCCUGUUCUGUCCCAGACAGGGCCGCCGUGCCACCGGACACUCUGGACCAUGACCUUGGACAGCAAACUCAUGGACGAGACGGACAUUGACGUAGAGGGACAGGCAGACUGUGGUGAAGAUGUGAAGAACACAGAUGUGUCAGUGUUCAGUAAGGGUAAUGCCGAGUUCGAGCAAAGCGCUUCAUCCUUCACUCCUGAAAACCGGGAGGAGGGAGACUUUGCAGACCGGUUACAGGAUGGUUCAGGCAGGAGAACCGCCUCGGUGAAGCCCCCGUACUCUUACAUCGCUCUCAUCACCAUGGCCAUCCUCCAGAGCCCGAAAAAGAGACUCACCCUCAGUGAGAUAUGUGAUUUUAUCAGCCAGCGCUUUGCGUAUUAUCGGGAGAAGUUUCCUGCGUGGCAAAACUCAAUCCGUCACAACUUGUCUUUAAAUGACUGCUUUGUGAAAAUGCCCCGGGAGCCUGGGAAUCCUGGCAAGGGAAACUAUUGGACCCUGGAUCCCAUGUCGGCCGAUAUGUUUGAAAACGGGAGCUUUCUUCGGCGGAGGAAACGCUUCAAGAGGCAACAUUUCUAUUUGGGAGCGCUGAAGGUCUCCAGAGCGCAGGAGCGCAGCCUGAUGCCCGUUUUUCCUCUCCUCGGAGCGCACAGGAUGGGUUGUCCCCAGGGUCCCGAUUUGUACCACGACCUGGGCAUAAGAAGUCGUUUAAGCUCCCACACUGGUCCCAGCAUCUCGCCUGUAAGCAGCAUCAUACCUGCGCUCUCCUCGCUCCUCUCCAAGACUUUCCCUUCUUGUCUAACUUUUGAACAUUUCGACCCGGGACGCUGCGCCGCUGUCCCAUCUUUGGCUCCAAACUCCUCGUUCAUGCCUCCUGUCUCGCUGCACAGAAUGAUACCCAGCUACCCUGUUUCUCAGUUGUCCAAUUUCCCCACUGGGAUCAUAAACGUUUCUUCUAAUUCAAUUUAAUGUAAUGAUAUCCGCCUGUCUUGAACUUAAGGAAUCUUCUUCCUCUCAGCCUGAUAUUAAAUAAACCCAUGGCACAUUAUGUAAAAAUACUACAGUUUUAAUGAUGGCCUAAGCUUGCACACAGGCCACCAUGUUUAGUUAUUUGAUUGCUAGAAGCAAAUGUUUUUGAAUAGGUGAUAUUUUACAGUUCUUAAAUAUGUUUGGAAUAAAACGUGAUUGAAAUUUUAUUUUCCUUACAUUUUGACUGACUGUUUUACAUAUUUUUUUGUCUUUUUGUUUUUACGAAAUUUAAGACUAGACUCAAGUGAACGAUUUGUGGGUAUUAAAGCGCACGAGAAUUACAAAACUCGUGAGAGUUGCGCACGAAAAAAAAAAAAAAAGAUUUAUUCCAUAUUCUUAAUAUAAUUUCAAAAAACUUAUUAUUAUUAUUAUUAUUGCUACUACUAGUAGUAGUAGUAGUAGUAUAGAGCAUUUUCGGGCAAAGGGGGUCGUUUUAUUUGUUAGAAUCAGAAUGAAGAAAAUUAUAAAUUAGGCUAUAAAAAAAUUAAAUGUAGUAUGCCGGUAUGUGAAACAGUCCAAGCUCUUAGGUAAAUGUUGAACUUCUCCGAUAGGCCUAUGGAUUUGCACAAACGUACCUACACUUCUCUGGCUUGAAAAAUAAAUAAAAAUUGUUUGUGGUGA